AUGGCUUCCACGCCGGCGGACGGAGCAGGCGAGCCGGUGGAGGCCAAGGGCAAGGGGAAGGAGGAGGGGGAGAAGAAGAAGGCGGGAGGAGGGGUGCUGGGGAGGAUGUGGCGCGGCCUCUUCGGCGGCCGCGAGGACUACGAGAAGCGCCUGCAGUACCUGUCCAAGGAGGAGGCCGCCGUCCACGCGCGGAUGCGCCGCCGGACCCAGUUCUCCCGCCGCACCGUCCGCAACAUCAUCGUCCUCUCCGUCAUCGCCGAGGUCGCCGAAUCCCCUAACCAUCCCGCUCUUUGUUCCUUCACGAAUUUACUACGCUUGCAGUUUGGUGUAUUUGAGGUUUCAUUAGAACAACAUUAUCUUAGACCAGUAAUUGCAAUUUUUGUACUAAAUAUCCAGCAAGCAAUUUGUGCCUUCUUAAUAGUUAGGUCCUAUUCUCAGGCUGUAGCUGUUGGUUAUGCUAUCAUGAUGACAAGAGACGAAGAUCUCACUUGGCAAAUGAGGGCAAUUCGAGUGCUGCCUAUGUUUGUUUUGCCUGCCAUAUCGUCUGUGGUAUAUUCAGCAGUUGUAAACUUCACAAGGAUGCUUGAACGGAAAGAUGAGAAAACACUUGAAAAGUUGAGAGCUGAAAGGAAAGCCAAGAUUGAUGAACUGAAAGAACGGACGAAUUAUUACCUUACCCAACAGCUUAUCCAGAAAUAUGAUCUUGAUCCAGCUGCAAAAGCUGCUGCAGCUUCGGUUUUGGCAUCUAAGCUGGGGGCGGAUUCUGGCUUAAGAGUACAUCUUGGGGAAGAACCAAAUUCUGAUGCAGCAGUGGUUAUGAGCAACAAUGCUGAGAUAUUGCCAUCAGAUGGGCUGAGAAACAGGAAGCAACCCAAUGCAAGAGUCAGCAGGACUGGUAGCACUACAGCUGCUCAUACUUCGGCACAAGGUGCUGAAUCUAACCCAGCUCUUAAUGCUGGCCUGGAAAACGUACAGUCUACAAGGGUUGUAGAACAUUAUCAAGGCUCUGGGGCAAGUGAUGGUGGAUGGGUUGCAAAAAUCGCUGCCUUACUUGUUGGGGAGGACCCAUCACAGUCGUACGCUUUGAUCUGUGGCAAUUGCCAUAUGCAUAAUGGUUUGGCCCGGAAGGAAGAUUACCCACACGUUACAUACUAUUGCCCACAUUGUCAUGCUCUAAACACAUCAAAGAACUUGAUGGGGCAAUACUCAGGCUCCAACUCAGGCCCAUCGACCCCAGUUGCUCCUGCUGAUGUGAUAUCUGCUACCAGCUCAGUAGUAGAGAGUGAAUUGAUUAACAUGGCUACAGUGCAGGAGUUGCCAAAGGAAGAACACGCAGAGAAGGAAGUGGAGGCAAGUUGA